AUGCCCGCCUAUUCAGAAUCGAGGAUGCUCGACCUAGGGGCUGAAGUCAUCACUGUCCAAGUAGAACGAGAACCCGAUUACACCAAAUUCACAAUCCACGAGACUCUGAUCCGCAAAUCAUCGCUCUUUUUUGAAGCUGCCCUUGGUCGCAAAUGGCGCGAAGCUGAAGACCGGAUUGUAAAGCUACCCACAUUGGAAGCUGGAGAUUUCCGCGUCUACAUCCAGUGGCUGUACACUGGCCGUUUGCACGUCGUGCCCGCUACUGAAGUCGAUAGUCUUCUAGACAUUGCAACACUCGCGCAGGCCCACCUUCUCGGAGACUACCUACAGGACACGAACUACCAGGACCACGCCAUGGACCUCAUGAUUGAAUGGUACCGCAAAUCCAGUACCAAGACAGUUCAAGCAUUCGCCGACGCGAGGGCAGCCGGCUUAUACGAACGCACGGCCGAGCAUGGCGGACUUCGCCGCUUCCUCGUCGAUGUGAUUGUCUGGAGAGUGGGGGACUAUUGGCCGGAUCCAAAUGCUUCGACGCUGUGCGAUGGACUGCUACAAGACGUUUUGAAUGCGAUUCCACAUUAUCGCGAGGGUUAUUUCGAGACGGAGCCUCUUUGGAAGGAGGAUACGUGCGUCUACCACUGCCAUGAAGACAACGCGUGUUACAAAGCGGCGGAUCCAGAAAUCAUUCCAGGCUCGACCUCGAUCUUGACUUUUCUAGUUCCCCCUCCGGCUGAGCCAUCAUGCGUUCUGAUAGGGGGCUGGUUUGAAGUUUGA